GGCGAAGCUCUGGAGCUCUCAGCUGGCUAGCAGCCUCGAUGAUCCAUCCGCUCGAUCCCCUUGCGGUGACGCACGCGUGCCCGUGAGCGCCCGUCUCCCAUUGGCUGGCCGUGCGAGGAGCGCGGUUGGCGCGGUUGUUGUCUGGCGCGCGCGCCGUAUCAUACGACUACCCGUUCUACCCGCCGUCUCCGCGUUGCGGUAUACGUGCUGGCGAGGUAAACAAAGGACCGGCGUUCCCCGGGCGUGAACUUGCCCGCGGCUGCUGGGGGAGAUCGCGCGCCCCGUGGCUCGAGCCCGAAGAAGCGAGGACGCCGCGACUCGCUAUGUUUUGUCUCGCGGGUCAUGGACCAAGCGGGCGAGCCCGAGGUGCACGUCUGGGCGAAGGCGGUGACCGCGGAUGCGGCCUGCGAGCAGCAGCUCAUCGAGCCCGCCGAGGUCGCGCCCUGCGUCGCCGAGGACUGCGGGCCGUUCUGCAAGAUCUGCCACAUGCCGGCCCGAGACGAUGACCCGCUCAUAUCGCCCUGCCGCUGCUCCGGCACCGUGCAGUACAUCCACUGCGGCUGCCUCACGCGCUGGCUGGAGAUACUGAGCAAGAAGUCCCGCAAACCACCAAGCUGCGAGCUCUGCCAGUACCAGUACCAGUGGCACAAGAAAUUUCGCGCCGGCGGUUCCUGGCGCCUUCCGCCGUGCUCGCCGCGCGACAAGGUCCUGCACAGCGUCUUCCUGCUGGCGGUGGUCGUCAUGGUGGCCUGCGCCACCGUCACCAUCGUCUGCUUCCGCCAGGAGCCGGCGUCGUCGACGACGACGACGUCUGGCCGUCGGAGCGACCUGACCCACUCGGAGCUGGUGACGCUGGUGUGUGGGGUGCUGUUUUUCCUGGCCUUUUUCGUGGCCAUGUACGUGGAAGUCACUGCACGCAGCACCCUCUACCGGCUGCUUCUGCGGUUCGUCUAUCUCAACCAGCAGUGGUACAUAGAUGAGUACGACGCAAAGCGUGGACCUGUGGCUGUCUGACGCGCGCGUUUGACCUGCUUGUGGGAGCAAGUUUACAACCAAGCUUGGCCGGAGGUUUGUUUGAUCUCUGUGAGUGCGGCAUCUCUCACACGCACCUGUGGCUGUGUGUUACACAGUUGGUAUUAUGUGCUCUUUGCAUUUGAAAACAACUGAGCAGUCUUGCCUUCACUUCCAUAGGCAGCAUGUGCUUGUGCUGUUUGUUCCAUAGCAGCAGUUCGUACUGUUUGCUGCCUGGUUUGCAUUUUUUUGAAAAACAGUCUGUGGUCCUCUGUCUCAGUCAGGAAACAGUCUACAACUAAGCAGUCUCAGCUUUGCCUUAUGUGUAAGGCAACAUGUGUUUGCCCCCUGGAAGGUGUUUGUGGCAUUUGUGUUCUCUGCUGGUCUUCAGUGUCGUCAAUUGUCAGGCUGCCAGUUUUAUGAGAUGCAGCCCUGAGCAAGUCUGUUGGCCAGGGCUGGCCCCCACAUCUUUUGGCCGUGGGAGAACAGUGCGCUGAUGUACUCUUAUUUGCUGUCGCCUGGUCACUAGGCUCACAGGACGUCGCAUAGGACCACAGUAGUUUCUUUGAAGACUGCACGUGCUGCAUAUUCUUGACUGGUGUUAAUCAACAACUCAUUUUGCGUACCAAGCUUGACUAGUGGUUAAGCGUGUCCCAGUGAAAUGCCUGGAGCACCUGAAUUCCCGGCACAUGCCCGGUGUGAGCAGAUGCAGAAAUCCAACAUGAUGUUGCACUAAUGCAGCAUGGACAUGAAGGGGGUCUCGCACUUUCUUGCGUCAAGUGCGAGACCCCCUUGCAGGCCAGAACCUUAACUUUUUUUACCCUGCCUUGCUGUAAUGCAUCAAUGUUUGUAAAACUGUCAUCAACCGCGCUUUUGCAGACUUGUUAUGGGGAAAUGGUUAACAAAUUAGCAAUUUUGCUUUUCUCUAGAUUAACAUAGUAAGUGAGACUAUGUGUGGGCAAUGUGCUCAGCAAGGCCAUUCUUUGCGGUGCCAAUUCAUACAGGAAAAUUGGACGUGCGAAACAGCAGUGGUUGGGUGAAACGAGGUGUACGGGACAUUUGCAGACUCUAAAGGUCAAAGAUUUUCUUGAAAAAGGCUGCUUGUGCACUGUGUACUGCACUGCGGGGAUUUCACCCAGCCCCUAGCCCAGAUUGCUUCGUUGCAUUUUUAGCUCUAUGUCUUCGGCAAGCUCGGACCUGGCAUCCAGUGGCAGUGGAAACAAAUUGAAUGUUCGUUGGGGAAACAUUGGCGCGACAGGAUGGUGCUACAAUAACAUGCGUACGGUCCCCCACCGUAUCAGCUGCCCAUUGUAGGCCAAAGAGAAAAGGCGGUGGUUUUUCGCAUUUUGCUCCUUUACAAGCUGCCCCGUUGAACAGACGUUCAAACGACAUUGCAUUUCUUGAAGGAAGUAAACUAGAUCUUUUUUUUUUUUUUUACAGAAUUUUGUCUACAUUUUCUUUCUUCUUAUACUUUUACGAGCAGACAGAUAUUCUGCAUUCCAUAUGAUGAGAAAAUUUCACAGUUCGAACAUCCCUGCGCUUUAAUGUUUCUUAAACAUUAGAUAUGUAGUAGCAGGUGGCGGAUAGGAUCUGUACCGACGCACGAAACUUCGGUAGCACUAGCCUUAUAGGCAAUGGAGAGGAACGAGUCUCACAGGGAGUUGAUUGAUAUAUUUAAUCAAUCAAUCAAUCGUAGUGGUCAGAGAGUCUCGCAUCACAGAAGCAGAAGGUGUGCAACACUUUUUUUAAAGCUGUAUACACGUUUCAGCUAUUAACUAUCAACAGUCAGACCAUAUGCUUUUUCGGAGUGUUCCAACGAGGUGUAAAAAGCAUGUGGCACCAUUUUGAGUGGGCUUUUCAAGCAAGUGCUCAAGCCUGCUCACAAGGGUUCGGCACCGAUUACGGAUGUGCCCAGGGAGUUCUCGUCGGAAAGGUCCACAUCUGAGAGAGGGAGCAAACGAACAGACUUCUGAGGGACCAUCACGAAUCUUUCUUAAGAAAGAGGCAACUUUCCAAAGCACGGCGGCAUUGCAGCACCUUCGUGACUUGUCAUGUGGUUUUAGCUGUCAGGCUGAAGUGCAGGACCAUUGCGCCAAGCACAGUGCUCUGUGCUAGUUGGUCAGCGCCAUGCCCUGCAUUAACAUGUGAUGUGGCUGUUCGGACGUGGCAGUCUUUCUUUUCUUUUUUGCACUACUGGCACUUCUGGGCAACUGUUUAGCCAAACCAUCUCAGCUUAUGACCCUGCACACCAGUGAGCUUUGUACACUAACGAGCGUCACUGGUAGUUAGUCGUAUGAGGGAAACAGAUAAUAAAACCAGGGUAAGCAUGUAGAAAUAAUAAGAAAGGCAAAAUGUAAGUGGACGAGCAAAGACAGCAUGCCGCUGAUGGGAAACAAACCCACAUCUUUCGAAUUACGAAUGCGGUGCUCUACCAUUAACCUACCACGGCAACCAUCCUCCGACCAACUGACUCGAGCAUUUGUCUGACAGGUUGCCAUGUGGUUGUAUGUGUGGGAAUGCUGGGAUGUGGUGGCUUCGGAUUGUCAUCUUUUUUGGAUAGCCAAGGGACCAUAAGACACAGCUGGCUAGCAGCAUUCCGUCUGUCACGAUUGUUCAUUCCUUACUGAAGCAGCGUAUAAAAGGCAAAUUUUUUCUUCAUUAUUAUGCAAAAUGAAUUUUUUAGUAGACCACGAGAACUCUUGCCUAGUUGUAUAUUCAAUCUACAAGCAGACACUAAAGAGGAAGGAAAAUUACAAUGUCUGCAUUUGCUGUGCACCAGUUUGAAUCGUCUGUUUUCAUUUUCUUCAGUUUAAUAAAUGGGAGUAACAAAAGAUGUGUCAGGGGAAACAAAGACUUUAUAUGACGAUUCCAUUCUAAGAAAGCAUUAUUCAUACCGAAAUGAAAUGAAGCUAUGUUUUAAGCCUAGCCAUGUUCAAGACAAGCAUCACACACCCACAUCCCAGUAUUCCCGUGGUUGCACAGCAUCCUUAUUAAACUUGUGCAGACCAUGGUGUGAAAUUUUUCUCUAGGUAAUAAUCCAAGAAAUUCAAUAUCCUAUGCUGCCGGCCACUGACUUGGCUGCUGACUUGGUGUGUGAGCAUCUGUUCAAGCAUGUGCAAUGCAGAGGAAGUUGCUUUGAGAAUGCUGGAAUUUGAAUGCCUGUUCUCCUGAAUUGCUGCUGCUUGUUGUCUUUUAGGGCCAACGGACUGCAGAAUCUUUUUGCUAUUUAACUGCUUUUCAGUUCUUGCUUGGACAAAGCAACUUAGGUUUUACGAAUCUCUAUGCUAAUUGAAAAGACAAAAAAAAAAUGCAAAUGAAGGCAUCGAAGCUGCUCUGCCCACCAAAGCAAGGAAAUGUUUUGGGAUCGACAACUACCCUGAGACACAGUCGGCAGCCGACUAGUGAUUUUAUUUGCAGUGUUGUGUGCUUUUUCGAAUGCCUGGAGGCGAAAUGCCGAGCUCGGCUUUUGCAUUCACCUAUGACCAUUAGUAGAACUGCUUCUAUGGAUCUGAUGUUUAUCCAUCACUGCAGAGGUCAGUAGUUCCCACAGCUACAUCCCCUGCACACUGUAUUAUUUUUUUUACAUGCAAACUUCCAUUGUGGAUUUUUAUCUAGCUGUAAAUUAACUUUUACAGUCUCUUUACAGCCUCGAGGUAAAGCAGUGGUGCAGUAAAAAAAGCACAUGCAGGUGUGACGGCCCGGGAAAGAUUGUAAAGGCCUUGUUGUGUGUUGUUUGCAUUCCAGUACCUUCUUGCAUUAAUGUUUUUGAAGUUACAAAGCUAGAUAUGCAGACGGCUAUAUUGUCUUAAGUCGUAGCCUCAUUCACACAGCUGCAACAAGGUGGAACUCUGUGAGCGCUUGCUCUGUCAUGCGCUGCCUUACACCCGUCUGUCCAGAUGUCUAUACAAGAACUGCUAUUGGUCUAUCUUAACGAUCGGCCAGUAGCUGGCUGCCCAAUGUUGGGCUGGAACUGGCUGGGAAAGGACAAGAAGUGCUCUGUCUAAAAAGCGAAAAGCUAAUUUCAUGCCAAGCGCGAUUGCAAGAGCUGGAAACACAUCGCUGCCAUGUUUUUAACGCCAUCUAUUGGGCUAAUUAAACAAACACCAACCAAGUAGGCCUAAUUUUAGUAAAGUAGGCUUAACGAAAUGGGUAUAACCGAUUAUAUUUAAACUAAAGUCAGGGCUGUUAGCUGGACCAAUAAGUUGCUGCAGCUUCCCAAAGUCAACCCUGAUGGAGGAGUUAGAAGGACUCUUAAGCGUUCGCUUAAAUCUAAUAAUCCUACUUAGUUGAAGUUUAUUUAGUCUAUAUAAUUUCAACUGUUCCCCAGCCAGACUGAUUUCAGUUGAAUGUUUACCUUCUAACUUCACAUUCUGCUAGUGAGCUCUGCACGCAGUGUAUAACUGCAAAACUUUGUUGAGAUGUUUCCAGUUCUGUGCAUGACUCGCAGAAUGUGUUUGCUCAACAAGGACUGUUUCAAAGCGCAUUUUAUAGAAAGGUUCCGGCACUUCAGAUAUUCUUGACUGACCACUUUUGGGGAUUCCUUCACUUUUGUGUGAUGUAAGGUGCAGAUAAGGCCUAAUAGAGCCUCAGGGCAUAGUCUGUAGAUGGUGUUGAGGUUGUUGUCUGGCUCUGAUGGCAGGUGUCCACUUCAGCUGGCUUAAUGCGUCGAUGGGCAUUGACAGAGGGUAUCCCCCCAAAAUUAUUGUUUGGGAUUAAGGUACCAGAAUUUAAAACAAUCUUUUGUUUGCCGCUUGUGGCUUGCCCUGUGAUGCUUCUUGCCAUAUUUCGAAAUGAUGGGUAGUUCUGACAUUAUGAUAAAACACAUGGCUGUCACAUCCAUUUUUGACUAUAUGUUGAGCUUUAUCUCUAGCAUUAGAGAAAAUGUGUCUGUCUUCUAGGCUAAAUAGAAUGGGGAGAGUGCGAGCCAUGAGUGGUCUUUUUUUUUUUUAAUCUCAAUCUCAAAUCUCACCUACUUAAGGUUUACUAAAUGUGAUUGCUUUAGAAAACUUGGUGCUUAGAGCAGAUAGCCAGCUGCCUUUUAGUGUGACAGGGAGGGAAAACAGUGAGGCCAGCAGGGGAUCAGAUAAGAUGAUUAGGUUACAAAAUCGAUUAACUGGAGAACACUGGGAAACCUGUUGCCCUGCUAGUGAUGAAUCGAACUGUGGUGCUGACGAACAUGCGGUUGCUUUCUUUAGUUGAAAGUUGCAAGCCUGCCUCCUUUACGUAGUGUGACUGAUGGCUGUAACUCUCAUGAGGACAUGGAAUCAUUGCAUUGACUGUGCGCAAUGAAGAGCAACGGGCUUGAGCCAAUCAUGUUGAGCAUUUCAUUUUCCAACACCUUGCCACAACGUGAAUUGAUGCACAUGGAUAGAGCCUCACAUUUGCUCGCUGUGCAUUCUCCGUCAAGCAGACUUUUGUAAAGGGAAUGCAUUGUACGGCGCACUGCAUUCUUUUUCUGCGCUGCUGGCAAAAGGAAUCUUUCAAACUGUGUUCCUGCUAAGGUGCCUUCAACAUCCUUGCGCUUAAUACUGCUGUCAUUGUUGUUCGACCUGAAACUUGUGGGUGAACUGCACUGGUUGUUUCGGAGGAGUUAUUUGAAUCCUUCGGCAAGUGAUGGCAUCGCCCUUCCUUCGAUUUUGCAAAUUCGAACCUCCCGUGCGACGAUAUGAUGUUACCAGUAUCGUAACGGAAGCUGUCAUGCAAAGCCAACAGACGUGACAUGGCGCACUCCGCCUUCUGGUCAAAUCCAUGCUUUAGAUGGCAGACCGAGACUGAGUGAUGCACCCCAAAGUGGUUUGAUAUGAAACAACUGCUGCAAAAAUGCAGCUCCACUCUGAAUUGCCCAAUAAGGAAACAAAGUCUCCGCCGUGGAGCAGAAAAGCACUCUCUUUGAUCGACCAGUGGAAUUCACUUUCAAUGGAUAACACGCAGGGCAUUUUCUCGUUACACUUGGACAGCCAAGGUGCCAAUCCACAGUGCAUUUUGUCGCUCAUGUAGUUUGUUGGACUACUAGGGUAGAACUAUGCCAGACACUGUCAAAAUAUGCAGUGUUGUCGAAUUACGCCAUGUUGGCGUUUUGAGCCAAUCAAGAGAGGGUCCUUGGGUAGCUGGCCCUGCUUGCCAAUUAGAGAUGACAAGGUGGUGAAUUCGACAAUGUGGCGGAGCUUGGCAGUGUCCAGAAUGGCACCCCUGGACAACCUAAUACAAUCAGUAAAUAAGUGCCGAUGUCGUCGAGACAAGUAGGUCCUGUACUAGCUUAGGAUUGUACUUGAAUGAAUUCACACCCGAGCAAGGCAGCUUACUUACAUCCGCGUGUGCUGUAGCGGAAAUCAUACCCGUAAUUUUUUUUUAAAGGCCCUCUUUUCUUGCCCUGCCUUGAUUGCAUGCAGACUUGCUGCAAAAGGGUGCGAACAUGCUGCCAUCCACUGGGCCCAUUUUGGGACCAGCGUUUUGUCUGUAUUGUCUCUACAUUUCCAUGCCUACUAGGCAGCUUGAAGCUUCGGUCUCCUGUCUGUAACGCGCAAAGCAGUCGUAUUUGGAAUCGGCACUCUAUGCUGGUCUGUGGAACAGAAACAACAAACAUUUGUGUUCUGUGAUUUUGUGUGGCACCAAAAGUGCUGCACUAUGGGAAGAAGACGGAAGGAUCUCGACGUGCACGUGCCCUCGUGUCAUGUGAAAUAAGUGUUAAUGUGUGUGCGGUGUCAAAACGUGCUUGAAUAAUGUGCCCUCGGUGUUCGUGGCAUAGCUUUCGCCACAAUUUAGUCACUGUUGUUUAGUCAUGUUCUGAGUGGAGGCUGUCUGGUCCAUGAAUAAAGAGCCUUUGGUGUAUAAA